GCUGCGCAGGAACACCGACUGAAGGUUUCAUCUGGAGACUGAUCAAAACAUCUUCUUUUUUUAAUCGAUUUCUCACUUUUCUCUCAAAGAGAAAACAAUGAUGGAGAAGAAUAAAACGCGACGGCGAGAAGGCGGUUUAUUGGCGAGUCACAGCGCGAGGUGCCUCCGGGUCGUGAUGAUGGAAGUGAAAUGACAUUUCCUUCCUUUCUUUUCUUCGUGUCGCUCGGUUUUACGCGCCAGCCUCCGCACUGACUGAAGCGCCCUUAUUCAUUCAUUUUGUAAAAAAUAUUUCCCUACCUGCUCGACGCCAGUCUCCAUGCCGAGACCCGGAGGAGCGCGUCGGUGAGCCGUGGAGUCGGUUCCUCGACCCAAAAGGUUUCCGCCGGCAGCACCACGGACAGCGACGAUGACUCGACUGCGCAGGAAAGCCCUCGUGGCUCUUUUCCUCUUCACGCUCUUCAUCUUCGGGGCCAUGAUGGGGCUCAGGACGCUGAAGCCCAGCGACGGCUUCUCGGACCUGGCCCCCGGUAUGGACUUCAUCGGGGAGAGAUCCGACCGGGGCCGGCGGCUGGACGCGAACGACGCGCCGGGCCAGUUCCACGUGCGGGGCAGCAGUGACACCAAGGUGGUGUUCACCAAGUCGGACCGAGAUUACAGCAUCUUCUACGACGUGCACAUCUUCUACUACCUGUGGUAUGGCUCUCCCGGCAUGGACAACAAGUACAUCCACUGGGAUCACGUGCUGGUGCCACACUGGGACCCCAAGAUCGCAGCCAGUCAUGCCCAAGGAAGGCACACGCCUCCAGAAGACAUCGCCUCGAGUUUUUACCCCGAGUUGGGGCCCUACAGCUCCAGGGACCCGACGGUGCUGGAGUCCCACAUGGCCCAGAUAGAGGCAGCUGCAGCAGGGGUGCUGGUGUUGUCCUGGUACCCCCCCGGGGUGGCCGACGCCAACGGGGAGCCCACCGAGGACCUGGUCCCCGCCGUCAUGGACGCCGCCCACAGGCACAGCAUCAAGGUGGCCUUUCACAUGCAGCCGUACAAAGGGCGGACGGACCAGAGCAUGCAUGACAACAUCAAGUACAUUAUUGACAAGUACGGAAAGCACGGCGCCUUCUACCGAUUCAAAUCCAGCACGGGGCGAGUGCUGCCUCUGUUCUACGUCUACGACUCCUACCUGAUGCCGCCGGAGUCCUGGGCGGAGCUCCUGGCGACCCGCGGCUCCCACAGCGUCCGGGGCACGCCUUACGACGGCGUCUUCGUCGCCCUCAUCGUGGAAGAGCGCCACAAGCACGACAUCCUGGCCAGCGGCUUCGACGGCAUAUACACCUACUUCGCCUCCAACGGCUUCUCCUUUGGCUCCUCCCACCAGAACUGGAAGACCAUCAAGGCGUUCUGCGACGCCAACAACCUGCUGUUCGUCCCCAGCGUGGGUCCGGGCUACGUGGACACGGCGGUUCGGCCGUGGAACAACCACAACACCAGGAACCGGGUCAACGGACGCUACUACGACACGUCGCUGCAGGCGGCGCUGUCCGUCCGACCGGAAAUCGUCACCAUCACUUCCUUUAACCAAUGGCACGAAGGCACGCAGAUAGAGAAGGCCGUGCCCAAGAAAACCGUGACCCGCUUGUACCUGGACUACCAACCGAACCUCGCCGACCACUACCUGGAGCUCACGCGCCAGUGGGCCGAGAACUUCAACAAGGAGAAGGACCAGUGGCUGAUGUGAUCGGGGCGUCGUUUCCCCGCGUGAUGCCGAGAGCAUCACCGGAAAAAGACGUUCAGUCGGCUCCCACUGAUACGAGACUAUGU